GAGAGCCUGUUCUCAGUCAGCCGGGACGACAACUGCGCAUUUGAGUUACGCGGUGGGAGGGUGCAUCUGACCGAGGCUACAGAUAUAUACCGGAGCACUCAAGAAAAAUUGACGAGAGAAUGGGUAGUCUAUUGGAAGCAAUAAACAGGUGAUUGCGGGUACUAAAAUUUACAUCUGCGUCAGGAUUCACUUGACAGUAUAUAGGCCCUAUGGAAGUGUUUUGGUGAGAUUUCAUCAAAAGCCGCAAGGUUCCGAGCCUUCUAACACCGAUGCUGGUUCUUUUCUACCUCCCUCGUCGCUUAAUGACUCGGUGGACCUGGUCAUUCUCUGCGUCUUGUUGACUUUUCGGUAGCGGUUGAAGCGACAGUGCAUCAUGAAGUUCAAACCCAACCAGACGAGGACUUACGACGGUGAAGGUUUCAGGCGGCGAGCAGCGUGCUUAUGUUUCAAGAACGAACGAGAAGACGAGGUGUUGCUCGUGAGCAGCAGUCGUCAUCCGGAUCAGUGGAUCGUGCCGGGAGGAGGAAUGGAGCCGGAGGAAGAGCCCUGCGGGGCCGCCGUACGGGAGGUCUUUGAAGAGGCCGGAGUGAAAGGGAAACUGGGACGCCUCCUGGGUGUGUUUGAGCACAACCAGGACAGGAAGCACCGCACAUACGUGUACGUGCUGACCGUGACGGAGACUCUGGACGCCUGGGAGGAUUCGGUCAAUAUCGAUUUAAUGGGCUGCCAGGCUAUAAGCAGAGACGGUCAGGGAACGGCAAUCCACAAAAAGCCGAUUUACAGCCGUAAGCGGGAAUGGUUUCCAGUGGAAGAGGCGAUCAAGAUUCUGCAGAGCCACAAGCCUGUCCACGCCGAGUACCUGAGGCGCCUUCAGCUCAACUGUUCCGCCUCCAACAACGGCAACAUCCUCCUCCCGCCUGCUCCCCCCACCGACAACACGCCUCGCUACAGCACGCCUGCCGCUGCUUCCCACAGAUAGGACUGCUGUCCUGCCCGGUCUCGGGACCUGUAAUGACACAGCCACGCACGGGCACAGACACUUGUCUGGCUCUGUGAAACAGCAAGGACAUGACUUCCACUGCCUAUAGUCUUUUAAAAAGCCCUUUUGCUUGGACAUAAAGUCUAUGAGGAUGUGGUUUAAGAUUGCCUUAAGUACUUGUUUUUUUUUUUUUGGUUUUUUUUUUUUUGGUUUGGUCUGUAACUGACCAAACUGGGUUAUUUUACAUCUGAUGAGAUUUAUCUGUUGUUUUUAUUGUUCCUACCGCUGUUGCUGUCAUUACAUACAAGUCACAUGUCACAUGUGCUUUGCAGGUUAAAUGGAAAUCUGAAAUUGUUACCUCAAGUCCCCCGAUUACCCCUGUAGAGCGAGGGCUUUCGGGAUUGUUUCGGGAAUUGCUGUCUGCUCCUAUCUUCAGUGGGAGUGAAUGGGAAAUUCGCAGUAAUCCCCAGACACAUGUACCUCACUGUAUUUUACCCUUAAGUUAAGCAAACUGAGUCUCAGGCUCUGCGUUAGCCUGCAUACAUUUCAGAAUUGAUUCUGUGAGACUAACAUGAACCUCCCUUUAACACUCCUAAAACCAUUCACAGACAUCCCUUUAAUCACUCCCCCUUUAACACUAGACUUGGGUGUGCGAGGAAGUCAUUUUGAAUGACAGUUUAACUGUUCUGCUGAAUCAAAUCGUCAGAGGGGGUUUUAAUGUUACAUUUAAGGUAAUCUUAAGGUCAUUCAUCACUAAUGCUAAGAUCAAAAAAUGCGUUGUAAAUAUUUCCCAAGAACUACAGUUAAUUGUGUCAAAUUUUAAGUGAAAAGCCAAUGUGUUAACUUCUGCUGAAAUCUUUUCUAUCUUUUUCUAUUUAUAUGAAACAAACUGUGAUUUUAAAAAAAGAGCUUUUGCUAGGAAUCAAGUGUUCGGUACAGAUGUAUUAGUUCCCCAGACCUAAAUCACCUCUUAAACAGCGCAGUGAGCAGGUGAGCGAGACAUUGUUUGAAUGUGAAUAUGACGGUGUUCAAUGAACGGUUUUGCAUUCAGAUACAGGCGAGGUUCGCUAUUUAUUCUACUGAACUUCGGGAUCGGGACUGUCUCUCACCAGAAUAACAUUUAUCCUGAACCUGGUCCAGAUUACAGUUCAGGAAGGUCAGGAGACUGAUUGUAGACCAGCACGAGGGUUGAUCCAGGCCUACCUAGAGCUGAUUUAUGCUGCUAAAACCAACUCUACUCUUUGAUCAACUGGACUCUUUGACAUCUCAAUAUGAAUUUUUAGUGGGGCACACGUGGGGUACUGGAGUCUUCGCCUCACAGCUCUCCCUGGAUGUCUUUUAUGUGCGUGGAGUAUAUGUAUCUGUCAUGUUUGUGUAAAAAUGAAAGACACUUCCUCUCCAGUGCCAUACUUUAAGGGAUAGGGGUGGGGUUGUAUAUGCAAUGUGGAGUGAUGGAUUCUGAUUAUCCACUGAAACGAUUUAGGGAUCCAGUGGCCUCAUGGUCUCCGAUGGCCCUCAGGUUCUAUGAGAAUUCUCUCAUGAUGCUCUCCACUCUGUUCCGGUCUUUCCUCCAGAACCUUACGCCAUGGAAGAAUUAUACUAGCAAGUGUGGUGAAAGACAAAUCAAGUUAUCAAGUUAUGAACCAUACAAACUUGCAGCAUUGGUCGUCGUUUUCACUUUGCAUAACUAAGACGGCUUCGGUUAGCACUCACAGCAGUAUUUUACCGAUUAACUUUAUAUGAUUAGAACUCAUAAUAGUUAGACUGUAGUUAAGAACUGGAGACAGUCAAAUGGUUGAGGUGGCUGUAGAUGCGGUGUUGCUGGUUUACAUGUAGGUAAGUAACUUGAUGUGAAUGUUAUUAAGACGUAAUGAAGCCCAGACUAUGUCUGCGCUGUCACUCCUCUUCUUUAUUAAUGCAUACUGGGAAACUCUUGUUUAAUGCUACUAUGUACAGUUAUUGAGGGAUAUUUUCAUUUACAUAAUAUUGUAUUGCAUUUCAAAAGAACUUUCAUUAAAAAGGGAAGAACUUGAAUAAGUGAAUAAAAGGCUCUGAUGGA